CGUGCGGGAUGCUGAAAUAUUAUCCAUACUAGGUUACUCCUUAUGUGGACGAGCAUUAGUCUCAUCCUGAGCUUCAUUCAUUCAUUAUCCGGCAUCGUUCAUGUCCUCCUUUGCAAGCGGACCUCAGUAACCCGAGACCAGGUGAUAAGAAUUCGAGGCCAUCGGAACAAAAAAAAAAAAAAAAAAAAAAACUUCCGGGCAACAAUGGAAUGGGUGGUGAUUGGAUAGGAAGCUACCUAGGUAGAUAGGUACUGACUGCAUUCAAUUACAGGUAUGGAAUGAUAUGAGAUUACGAUUUCAU